UCAACUUUUCUCUGUGCCAAAUGACCGCGCUCUGAAAGUAAACAGUAAUUUUUAUGGGUUAAAGUGUCACUGCGGUUAAGAUAAGUAACAGAGACAUUAUAGUGAACCAGAUUAAAGGUGCUUUGGACUGACAGGGAGCCCGUCAUCCCGCAAACGUCCCAGUGCCACACUGCAAAAGAAAAGAGAUUUCAGAAGACAUGUCCUCCCAAGUCAGACUGAGGCUGCUGCCGAGAGCCAGAUGCAUGUUCGAUGAGCCUAUCCAGGUGAAGGUGGCGGGGCUGAGGUCGAGACAGGUGGUCACCAUGAGAGCCAGGUCGGCUGACGAGAAGGGGGUGGUGUUCAGGUCCGCGGCCACCUACAGGGCUGACGGGAAGGGGGAGAUCGACCUGGAGAGAGACCCCUCUCUCAGUGGGAGCUACGUCGGGGUUGAACCCAUGGGUCUGCUGUGGUCGAUGAGGCCAGACAAGCUGCACAAAAGGUUUCAAAAAAACAAAUCACUAAACCCCCAUGUGGUGACGUUCUCUGUGCAUGAGGACGAAGCAGAGGGCAGGAUGCUGGCAGAGGCGACCAAUGAGAGGCUUCUGAUGGGAGACGGGGUGAGCCGGCUCCCUGUCAAAGAAGGGAAUAUCCGUGGAGUCCUGUUUACUCCGCCAGGAGAAGGACAGUUCCCUGCUGUGUUGGAUCUAUACACUUUCGGUGGAGGUUUGUCGGAAAAAAGGGCCUCUCUGCUGGCCAGCCGUGGAUUUGUGGUUCUGACCGUGGCGCUGUACGGUCACGAUGACAUGGCGAAGAACAUCAAAGCGGUCCACCUGGAUUAUUUAGAAGAAGCAAUCGAGUUUUUAAAAAAACAAAACAAGGUGGGCAGUAAAGGGAUUGGCGUGAUAUCCCUUUCGAAAGGUGGAGAUCUUGCACUAUCAAUAGCCUCAUACCUGCCAGAUGUUGAGGCCAUAGUGUGGAUUAAUGGCUGCUGUGCCAAUGCAGCUUUACCCCUCCACUACAAGAAGAGCCUAAUCCACCCUGCAUUAAUGUUUGACCUCGACAGUAUCAUUCCUACUGAGUCUGGGGCCUAUUAUGUCAAGUCUGGUAUGCAUAAUCCGCUGGCAGAGGAGAACAAGGCCGCCAUGAUCCCCAUUGAACGAGCCAGCGGACGUUUCCUCUUCGUGGCUUCAGAGGACGACCUCAACUGGGACAGCAAAGCUUUUGUGGACAUAAUGGAGGAGAGAAUGAAGCAUCACGGGAAGGAGAAUUUUGAGAGCGUGUGUUAUCCUAGAGCGGGACAUUACCUGGAACCGCCGUAUGGACCGUACUGCCCCUCCAGUUUUCACGGGGCUGUGGGUGAGGCGGUCCUGUGGGGGGGCGAGCCCAGGUCCCACGCAGCAGCUGAAGUCCACCUGUGGAAGAAGAUUCAGGAGUUCUUCAAAACUCACCUGAGCGGUGGUGCUGCUCAGACUACAGCCAAAUUAUAGAUAAAUACAGCAGCAAAUAAGUAUAACAGGUUAGGGUGAUUUCAGUUGAUUUAUUGCUUUACAAUUAAGUAUCUGUAAAUAUUUGUAACAACAUAUUCAAGGCUACAUGAAAGGGUUUCGUCACAUAUUUGACCAAACUCACUGCACUGUGUACAGUUUAUUUGACUGCCUGAUUUACAUUUUUGAUUUGAUGUACUUUAACUCUUUGAAACCUA